CGCUGUGAGAGACUCGCUGUGAGGCUCCUUCAGCUCCACUGUAGACCUGAACAUCAGAUCUCCAGCGUUACUCAUCUGACCUUCCUUCAGAAGCAGCGUCAGACCAGAAGGAGGAAACUGGUCAGGACGGAGCAAUGGCAGCGGUCAGUGCAGGACGUCUAUCAGAGGAAGAACUAGCAGCCAUCCAGGAUGAACAAGUACUGAACGAGAUGCUGGACAAGGCUACAGACUUUGAGGAGAGAAGAAUGAUCCGGUCAGCCAUGAGAGAGCUGUUAAAGAGAAAACGAGAGCAGCGGGAUCGAGAACGUGCGGCGCGGCAGGAGAACCUGCGCCAGUCCGGUGUGGGUCCGGUCCAGAAACCGGCCAACGAUCCCGGCAACACUCAGCAACACACACACAAAGCAGCUCAGGUGAAAUCUGCAGGUCCAUCACCGGCGGGGUCCUUCCCUAAACCCAGCAGCAGUGCGUCUCAUCCAGCGGCCGGCGGGGUCAGGGUUCCCCGUGGCUCGGCUCUCGGGGGCCCGAACACCAAAGACGUCAAACAGAUGCUGCUGGACUGGUGCAGAGCCAAGACUGAACCUUACGAGGGUGUCAGAAUACAGAACUUCUCGUCCAGCUGGGCGGACGGUUUGGCGUUCUGCGCGCUGGUGCACCGGUUCUUCCCCGAGGGGUUCGAGUACUGCACGCUGGACCCUUACGAUCGCAGAGCCAACUUCGAGAAGGCGUUCAAAACCGCAGAGACGCUGGCCGACUGCCCUCGCCUGCUGGACGUGGACGACCUGUGUCGGAUGCGGGAGCCGGACUGGAAGUGUGUGUACACCUACAUACAGGAGUUCUACCGCUGUUUAGUGGAGAAAGGUCUCGUCAAGACCAAGAAGAAAACACCCUAACCAAAACACAGCACCCCACCCCACAGAAAUACAGACGGUCCGGUUCAGGAAAGUGAAGAGGCAGAGAUUCAGGAGGGUGAAAAGAGCGUCUCACUUCAAGAAAUUCUGCAGGACAGCGUGCACACACACACACACACACACACACACACACACACACACACACCACACACACUCAGGGACAGGGAGACUUUCAGUCCUGCUUCAGUCCUCAAGGAGUCACGCUGUGUUUGCAGGAGCCUCGGGAUGAUGCUGAAUAAAUAAUAAUAACAUUCAUACAUUGUCUGUUUUACCACCUGGUCAGGGUCGCAGUGGGUCUGAUUCACUGGGCAAAUGCAGGAAACACCCUUAAAAGGUCACCAGUUCAUCACAGGACACACACACACACACACACACACCUGACUGCACGCCUUUGGACUGUAGGAGGAAACCAAAGCACCCGUAGAAAACCCAUGCAGACACAGAGAGAACAUUUCCAAAAAAGCCAGAAAAAACCCUAGCUUCCUGGCUGGGGAAUCGAACCCAGGCCCUUCUUCAUGUGAUGUGAUUUAAAACACUGACUUUGACCAGAAGCUGCUCACGUUAUAUAUAAAUAUGUAAAGCGUCCUGUGCUUAAAAACACCCGCCAGCCACCAGGGGGCGCAGUUUAAUAACCUAGUUUGUGGUUUUGUGCUUGUUUUUCUAACACUAUGGUUUGAGAAAUGCACUGUAUGUUCUAACUAUUGAUUUUAAUAAAAUAAUAAGAUAAAAUAUUAA